UGACCACCGCUAGCAGCUGGAAUGCAUCUGUUUGGGGUUGUUUAGAGCUGUGUGUCACUGUAUUAGCACCAUAAUGGAGUGUGUUGGUUAUGGGUGUAUUUAGAGGUAAAAGUAGCCCUGUUCUCUCACCUGAACGCCUUUUGGGGGUUGGCUUUGACCCUGCAUUGCACUCUUCCUAUUCUCAACCUAUUUCUUAAUGCUCUUUGCAGGCAGUUGGCUAGGACACGGGCUUCCCAGUGAUGACCAGCCCGUAGCUGAAUUGUGCUUGUGCUGCUAGGGGACUUCAAGGUGAUCCCUGAAGAUCCUCCUUGCUGAACUCAAGCGCUGAUGUAUCCCCCUUCCUUGCUCCGGUGUCCAUCUCCUGCAUCCCAGGAGAGGGUUCAGGCUGGCGAUCGGCAGCUGAGCAGCGCGGUGCCCGUUAUGGCUGGUUGGUUUAAGCGGCUCCUGCACAAGCCCAAGCCGAGGUCAGGGGAGAACAGCCUCAACACCAGCCGUUCUGCUUCCUCAUCACCUUCCUCAUCCUCUGCUGAGAGCUGCAGCUCUUCUCCCAGCACGAGCCUGACCCGGUCCACCCGCCCGUCACCCAUGUUGAUGUCAGACAUCACCGCCUCGGGCAGCGCCCGCUGGGCUAAGACCUACGAUGUUUGCAUCUGCCACAGCGAGGUGGACCUGGAGGUGGUGGAGGAGCUGGUGUCCUACCUGGAGGGUCAACCUGAAAGCUUCCGCUGCUUCCUCCAGCUGCGGGAUGCAGCGCCAGGCGGCGCGGUGGUGACGGAGCUGUGUGAUGCUGUGCAGAACAGCCACUGCUGGGUCAUGCUCAUCACCCCCGGCUUCCUGCAGGAUCCGUGGUGCAAGUACCAGAUGCACCAGGCGCUGGCGGAAGCCCCGAUGGCCAACGGGCGCACCAUCCCUGUGCUGAAGGACGUGGAUCGGAAGGAUUAUCCCAAGGAGCUGCGAAACCUCUACUACAUCUACAUGAAGGAGAACAGCUUCAGGCAGAUCAGGGACACCGUUGUGCGCUAUCUCCAGGACCUGUGCCGGAGCUCCGUGAGCGCAACAGAGUAGUGCACAAUGGAUCUGGAUGUAGUCGCAUCUCAAGGGACCUUGGAGCAGACCUGGGAACUGAACGUGGACACUCGCCUGCAUCCCUGGAGGACAGAUGCCCACGUCUGUGUGGCCAAACCCCCCUCAGAGGGGAGAGGGACAUCCUGGUCCCUACUGCUUAUUGUGCAAACACUAAGCUCUGAUGUUCAGAGGCUCCGGGAGGGGGGGGGUGUCUUCAAGGCUCCUGAUGGGGCUCAGACCCUCAGUAAACUGACACAGCGCCUGCCCGGCCUUUGCACGCGUUCUCUGGGACAAUAUAAAUGCAGAAGUUUGACAUUUUGA